ACGAGACUCGGGGCGUGACGACAACGAAGUGCUCAUGCACAUUUGUGAUUUUCCCGGCUGUAGCGCUUCCUUCAACAAGCUCUGGCGUCUUAAGGAGCAUCAGUGCUCGGCCCACACCGGAGAGAGACCUCACGUUUGCACUCACCCUGGAUGCGAUAAGGCAUUCAUCAGGUCCUACCACUUGAAGAGACACUUGCUAACUCACUCAGACACCAAGGAGGAACACAAAUGUUCUUAUCCAGGGUGUGACAGAGUGUACCGCUCUGUGCAGAGCCUCAGGAAACACACCAAGACACACACAACCCCCAAGCCUCACACUUGCAGAGAGUGUGGCGCGUCGUACAGGAAACACACUCAGCUGGCAGUUCACAGGGCCGAACACACUGGAACUCUUCCCUUUCUGUGUGACACUGAAGACUGUGGAGCGUCUUUUCAGACACCCAGUGCACUGAGGAAACAUCAGAAGACCCACAGAGGCUAUGUUUGUCCGGAGGAGGAAUGCGGUGCGGUGUUUGCCAAGUGGUCCGACCUCAGGAAACAUGCUCCCACACACCCAAAGGUGUGUGAGGUUUGUCAAGAAACAUUCAGCAGGGCGCGCCAGCUGAAGCUGCAUAUGGCCACCCAUUCUCCAUCGAGACUAGUGUUUGCCUGCCCUGAAGGCGGCUGCAAACGUCUCUACACAACGCCAUACAACCUCCAGCAACACAUUGCUUCUUUUCACAAGCGAGAGAGGCCUUUCAGGUGCACUCGGAGUGACUGCAGUGCCAGUUUCUCUACCAAGCAGUCUAUGAUGAGACACUUCACCAGAACUCACAGUGGAGCUGGAGAACAGCCAACUCCGGGGAAACAGGAGAGGCCAAAAAGAUCACUCAUAUCAAGAAUAUCUGGACAUAUUGUGAGGAAGAGUGAGGUUGUGUGUGGGGAGGGAGAAGAGAUGGAGAGGGAGUGA